AUCUGAACAAAGUGGGUCGAAUGAAACGCUGACGAAAUGUCUGUUUCUCGAAGUGGUCUGCAAACGAAUUUGUUGGCAGGCGCUCGGCGUUCUCGUGAGACCUGCUGGACGGAUCAAGGAAAGAGAACCAGGCACCCAGGCGGCCGCUGGCGCCGUCGAGCUGGGGGUUUAAGCUGCACGAAAAAGGACGGACUCCGUAAAACGCCGCGGGACUGUCUUUGGUUUGAUCACGCUUACACUUGUUUUGUUGGGCCUGUCGCAUGACACAGCACUUUUUUUUCGUCUGAAGGCUUUCCUAGCGACUCAUGGGUGGAAUCCUGCAAGGGUAUCCGUGCUAAGCUUUCCGUCCGUUCCGCGGCUGAAAUCUGUCCAGUUUUUCGGUGAAACAAGCCACAGAAAGACUGGAGAGCUUCGUCGUCUUCAGUUUACAGGCACCUCUGCUGAGAAGGCAAACGCGCACUCGCGUACCGCCCUCGAUCUUGUUUUCUGAAGAGAAGUUUCCCGUUGCCGCUCGGCUGAAACUUGCAAACAACCUCCCAUGUUCCUCGCGUCGCUGCAUAAAUUUCGUCACCAUCGAUGUUCCUUUGCUUCUCCUCCGGUCGCUACUCACCAAAUCUGAUCCUCCACCGUUCGUUCAACCACAAGAAGCCCCGCGACCGUUUUCUUUAAGUCUGCA